CCUUCAUGGCUGACCCCCAGGAGCUGCCCGCCCUGGGCCCCGUGGCCCCCAGGCCAGCCGCCAGCAGCCGAGGCACCUAUGUUGGCUGCUUCCGUGACGACGGCCAGGAGAGAACGCUGAAGGGCACUGUGUUUUUUGACUUGAGAAAGAUGACCGUUUCCCACUGCCAGGACGCCUGCGCUGAGCGGUCCUAUGUCUACGCCGGCUUGGAGGCCGGGACAGAGUGCUACUGCGGGAACCGGCUCCCGGUGCUGAGCGUCGGGCCGGAGGAGUGUAAGCACGAGUGCAAGGGGGAGAAGGGCUCGGCGUGCGGAGGUGUCGGCCGGCUCUCCGUGUACCGCGUGGAGGAGCUGCAGCCGAGCUCCAGGAAGCGGAGGUCGGUCACGUACCGUGGGUGCUUCAGGCUGCCGGAGAACAUCACACACGCUUUCCCCGACUCCCUGAUACAGGCCAACGUGACAGUGGAGACGUGUUCGGGAUUUUGUUCCAAGAAAGAGUUCCCCUUGGCCAUCCUCAGAGGCUGGGAGUGCUACUGUGCUUACCCCACCUCCCAGUUCAACCUGCGGGAUGCUGUGGACAGCUCGCUGUGUGGCCAGGAGUCUGAGGCACAGAAGCUGGCAGAGUACUGCGAGGUCUACCAGACGCCCGUGCAAGACACUCGGUGCACAGACAGGAGGUUCCUGCCCACCAAGUCCAAAGUGUUUGUGGCUUUGUCGAGCUUCCCGGGCGCCGGGAACACCUGGGCGCGGCACCUCAUCGAGCACGCCACUGGCUUCUAUACCGGGAGCUACUACUUCGACGGAACUCUCUACAACAAAGGGUUUAAGGGCGAGAAGGACCACUGGCGGAGCCGGCGCACCAUCUGUGUGAAGACCCACGAGAGUGGCAGGAGGGAGAUCGAGAUGUUCGACUCAGCCAUCCUGCUCAUCCGGAACCCGUACAGGUCCCUGGUGGCCGAAUUCAACAGGAAGUGCGCCGGGCACCUGGGCUACGCAGCUGACCGCAACUGGAAGAGCAAAGAGUGGCCGGACUUCGUCAACAGCUAUGCCUCGUGGUGGUCCUCGCACGUGCUGGACUGGCUCAAGUACGGCAAGCGGCUGCUGGUGGUGCACUAUGAGGAGCUGCGGCGCAGCCUGGUGCCCACGCUGCGGGAGAUGGUGGCCUUCCUCAACGUGUCCGUGAGCGAGGAGCGGCUGCUCUGCGUGGAGAACAACAAGGAAGGCAGCUUCCGGCGCCACGGCCGGCGCCCACACGACCCCGAGCCCUUCACCCCGGAGAUGAAGGACUUGAUCAAUGGCUACAUCCGGACAGUGGACAAGGCCCUGCGUGACCACAACUGGGCUGGGCUGCCCAGGGAGUACGUGCCCAGAUGAUAGGCCGCCGCUCUGCGUGCCCUGCUGAGAGCCAGCCGCCCCUGGGGCUGCACCCGCUCACAUGCUCAGGUGGUGGCCUCGCUGGGACAUGGGCUGCCCGGUGCCGUCUCCCGCAGGUGCAGGGAGACCAGCCACAAGCCCUUAGCCCACCCAGGCAGACACGAUGCCACAGGACAGACACACGCUCCUAGCUAGACACGCUUAGACACGCCACUCCACGCUACAGUGCCUGUUUUCACAAGCCCAAGUCACCAUGCCACGCGUGCACCCGAGCUCUCGGAGGCCCCAGGUUUCCUGUUUUCAGCCCCAGGCAUGGACUUGCUGGUCAGGCUUCUUGACUGCGGGGGCUGGGCUGGGCGGGCACCUGCUCUGAGCAGCAAGGACUUGGGCAUGGAGGUGGGCUCACGGACUGCUGCUGCUGGGCCACGUGGCCCUGACAUCCCAUAAAUGUGUGUGGUGUGACACUGGGCACCACGAACUCUGCGGCCCUGCCUCCCGCUCUGUGGAUGGGCUGGCGGCACCGUGGGCAGAGUAGAGCACCCCUAAGCCACGCGCCAAUCUCAGGACCCACCGCAAGUCCUGUGCACCCCCUGCCACUCCUCCAACAUGAGUGCCCCUUGGAGGGGGGCCUUCUCGCCUGGCUUCUUUCUCCAUCUGUCCCCAGGGAAGCCGGGCAUUCACCCCAUGCCUCACAUACAGGGUGUAAGAGUGAGGGGACAGGGGGUAGGGAGGGAGCUGGGCCUCAGGGGAGUCCUGGACCUGAGGGCCCAUAUGCCAUUAGGAUCGGGGUUGUGUGGGCAUGGGGAAACGCAGGAAGUGUGUCUUGGGGUCACUGUGACCGGUGGCCCUGCCCAUCUUGACAGGUCCCUGCUCUCCAGAGGGGUCCUGCCCUGGGUCAUGAGGAGGGGGUGCUGCACGGUCCAUCAGCAACACAACCCUGGACCCUUUGGGGAGAGGCCAUAGCCACAGCUUCUGCCUGACCCCCAGUGGCCAUGGCCGAGCCCUCUCUGUCACUCUGUGACUCACCCACCACUUCCUGUCACCAGUCUCUGCCACACAUCUGUCUCUAUUUCUGCUACGUUGCCACCUUUCCCACUUGUUCAUUCAUUUCCUCAACAAAAGGGGGAGGGCCCUCCCAGAUGCUGACACCUGCUGUGUGCUGGCCUCCUGGAGAAGACCUGUGUGAAAGGCCCCUUCCCCACCCCAGCUCAGUCUAACAGGGUCGGGGGAGGGGUCAUACCACGUGGAGUGAGAAGCCCAGUAGCAGGAGCGUGUGUGCUGUGCAGCUCACAGUGCUGGGCCCCUGUGCCUGGGGUCUUCAGGGAAUGCACCACAGCAACUUUGACCUGGUCUCCAGAAAUCUGUAGGUAUUAUCCCAGCAAAGCAGAGGGGAAGGGUGAUUAAGGCAAAGAGAACAGCAUGUGCAAAGGCUCAGAGGCUUGGAAAACACUGGUGAAUGGGGUGUGGGGCGUGCGUGUCUCCAAGUCUGCAGCAGAAGGAGCGGAGUGGGUGGGUGAGGACAGAGGUGGGGACACAGAAAAGGACUCUGUCCUCACAGCCACUUAGUGUUCAGCCUGAGCAGGGCGAAGGUGCUAAUGCUCACUGCCUUCACCUGACAUCCCCUCAGCCUGAGCCACGCUGCAUCACGGGGAGAAAACGGGGCAAGGGGUUUGGAAAAGCUGGGCAUGAGGAUGGCCUGGCCCUCUGCUCCCUGGCCCAUGAGGAGCGGGGAGACAGGGUGAGCUAAGAGCACCCCUAGGAAAGGCAGGCAGGGCCAGAGGGCCCAGCAGAGCCACCCUUCCUCAGAGGGAGGCCUCCCCAGCCUUCUGCUUUGCCAAUGACUGAGCUUGAGCAUCUGUGCUCCUGGUGGCCUCCAACUUCCUCCUGAGGUUUCCCCAAACCCACCCUGAUGCUGAGGCUGUUGUAGACCCUCCCACAGCACCAUCUGGCUCAGCUCAGAGCUGGGAACACCAGGGGUUUUGUAAACAUUAUUGGCUCUGCCUGGGCUCCACGGUCAAGUCUGUGAAGGCCUCUGAUGAGGCUGUCUCCCGAGUUCUAGGAGCAGCUGAGACCCACCAGUGGGAAGAGGGCCAGGGGACACCUGCAUCCCAGAGCAAACCUAGAGUCUCAAAGGAGACAGCAGCACCAACUGACAGAGAAGAGGGAAGCUGGCAUCCUCCCACGACUGGCUUCAUGGCUGUGGCCCUCACUCCCUGGCCACCCAGACGGUCUUCAGGUAGAAGACCCAGAAGCCAUGCUGGAGAGGCAGACGUGUGGCUGGAGAGUGGAGAAGGACCACCGCUGAGGCACAGCCCCCUGCUCAUCCCCCUUCCCCACCCCAGGAGUCAGGAGAGCAACAGCACAGCCCAUUCCUCCUGAUGGAUGGGUGGUUGCGUUCCCUGCGACCAGGUACCCGGAGACCUCUCCUUCCAGGUUGGCAAGUCAGCUGCUCAAGUGGCCUUGUAGCUUGCUUGCACCUCAGCCAGGCAUGCAGAUGCGAUCAAUGAUGGGGUCAGGGUGCAUCCAGGUCAGGACAAGUCACUGCCCAUGGAAUGGCGCCUGACACUUGGCAGGUGCUUCUGGAUGUUGGGUGAACAAGGAGGUGCAAAGGCCCUACCUGCUUCUGGCUCCCAGCAGCCGUAGCCCCGGGCCUGGCUCUGUGGGAGAGCAGAGCACAGGAAGGGGGAUCCGUCUGUCCUUUUGAGACAGUCUGUUUGUGUCCAAGUUAGGUCUUGUCUAUAGCUAGCAGCUUCUCCAUAAAGAGGAUGCUGUCCCCACCGGCCAGGUUGAGUAAAAGCAGACCUGUAUUCAGGGGAGGCGUGUGGUAAAUGCAUCAGGAACCUUUGAAGAGUGACACCCUGACUGUCUACAGAUUCCAACUUUAACAGCCAGGCUAUGGGGUUGCACAAACCUGUGCUAACACAUGUAAUUUUCAUGGAUUUCGUCUCCUGUUGUGGAUCAAUUUGGAAACACCAAAAUAUAUAAUUUUAAGAAGCUAAAUCACAUUCUGAUAAUCCCAGUGAUGUGGAAAUGAGAGAAAAGAAUAGACAGGCUUCCAAACCCUGGGAAGAAAGCUGCUUAAUCAUGUGAGCCUCUUGUAAUGAAGUCUCUUGCAGCUAAAAUUAGAUUUUGAGUGCAUGAAUAUGCAGUAACGUUUGCACACCAGAAUGCAUUUUUUUCUCUUAAAAGUAGCAGGAGCUACUUGGUACAUAGGGGGCUCCGAGAGGGGAGAUGAAAAUGUUGGGGUUGAUCUUUGUGGCUGCAUAGGUUUGUUUUCUUCUGACUGGAAACUCAUUGGAGGUGUUUGAAAUGUGAUGCCUCCGGUUCAUUCAGGUUUAGGGAGAAAUUGAUUGGUCAGAACCCUCACUGAUCACUACCCAGUAGUGGGCAAGUUGGCGUGAGCAAGUAGAGUAGAGUAGAAACAAUACAGGGUCUGCAGAUUGAAGGAUUAGGGUGUACCCCAAGCUCUGCUCUGCUAUGAUCUUGGGGAGGCCUCUCCGGUCUCCGUUUUCCAUCCAUAAAAUGAGGGAUGUGGUGGAUGUUGUUGACUGUAUCCCCAGUGUUCAUUCCCCCUUUUCCUUUCCCAGCAGGCCCUGAUUUCUGUUUGGGGAUUUUAUCAUCUGGCUGGGCUGGCUUGACUAUCACUUCCAGGGCUGAAUGCAUGACCUAAACUAAGCCAUCACAUUCCAGCUCUCUGGCUACAGUGAUUGGUUCAGGUAUGGCUAUGUGAGCAAAGCAUCCAGAGGGUACCUGGUCUUUCAAGAUUUUUUCUGGGAAUGUUGGGUAGAGGCUCUUUUUAUCCACCUGCUGGAUGUGCAAGAGGAAGUAGGUAGUCUUCAGUCUUGAGUCUUGAUGGUGGCUGUCUCGGGACCAUGAAGGAGAAGCACUCUCAGCCUGAAGUCGGCACUACUGAAGGGAGAGUCCAGAGGCAGAAGAAGCCAGGUCCUUGGUGACAUUGUUGAAGGAUAGGAUCAAGCUUUGCCUGCGAUUGGCCCCACCUCUGGACACUUUUGUUCCAUGAGCCAAUAAAUUCCCUUUAUUGUUUAAAUUGGGUUGAGUUGGGCUUUGGUUACAUCCCAGGGCAAUGUCCGCACGGCUUGGAAUAAAAGGCCCUGACGUCCUGACAUUCUCUGUUUCUGGCUGAUGUAGGUAAAGACCAAAACUCAGACCAGUUUGAGCUGGUAGAAUUAGAAAGUUGCUUUUUACAGGAACGGGUCUGGCUGUGAAAUGUUCGAUAGAAGGCUGUGCUUAGUCAGCCAGGACAAGAAGCAUUAAGUCAGUACACAGUGAAGUCACCUAUAUAUCCUGAGAAAAGUAUUCCUUGUUCAGCUCAAACCACAAACUAAUCCUUAACCAACACUUUGUUAUCAUCUCUACUUGACAGAUGGGAGGACUAGGACACCAACUUUAAUUAUUUGCAAGAGUAUGGCCCUGUUGUAUUUACCAUAACUCUUUUCAUGAAGAAUAUGAUGUGAUCUUGGAAGGGAUGCUUUGAUAAACUAUUUGGAUUGAAGGUGUGACCUCCUUCAAGAGACAUCUUUUAGUAAUAGCUGAUGGGCAGUAAACUGCCUUAAAAGGAGGGUAGGUACGGUUAGUCACAGCUUUGGUUUGCUGAGUGAGACAUGCAAGCUUGGGGCAGAGCAGAAUCGCUGCCAUUGGAGGAGAGGUGAGUGACGAAACUGAGAGUUCCCCUCCUCCACCCUCCCCUCUUUAACUCUACUGUGUGAUAAAAAGUAGAGGGACAGAGGGAGUUAUAGCCCCUAUCUUCAAACUCUCCUUGGAAUCUCUGACUCUAGUACAGUAUGCAGGAUGAAGGUCUGUAUUAUAGGUAGUCAAAGCCAAGAAUCCCAGGAAAUGGAUGUGAGUAUAUUUUCCUCUGUCAUGGGAAAUAUAAGCAGGUCCAUCCUAAGUAACAAGAACAAUUGCUUAUAUCAAAUAAGGAAUCUUAAUAUCAAACAAAAAUAAAAACAAUUCCAGUUGAUGCUGUAAGCAUAAGUAUGAGCUGAAUGAAUUACCUUUCCAAGGUGUCUUCAGUACUUGAGACAUUUCUUUAGAUUCAGACAUCAGCAGUUACAGAUACAUGGCUUGAUGGUGUGGCCAAUGAUGAUUCAUAAGAGUAAACAGUGUUCUUACAAGUCAUGAAGUUCUACAAACAUCAUUCCACAUGUGCCUCAGUGAGGUGGACAUUAUAAUUUCCAUGGAGGGGCCAGGAGAGAAAUUUAGUUUCUGAGUAUGUUACCCAAAGUUCACAUCCUUUAUUGUGUAGAUAAGAAAAAUGAGACUUAGAAUGGGAAAGAAUUUCCCACGAGGUCAUGCUAUGAGAAUGAAUGGUGGAGAUAGGGCUGGAAAGAGGGCUCUUUCAUGAAACCACCUGACUACCCUCAUACUGCAUUCCUGGAACUCUUCAAGAAAUUGCUGGAAAUGAGGCAAAUGUGCCAUUAAGCUCAUUUGGAAGCGACCCCAUUAAUUUCACUGCUAGUACUAUUUUGUGGGCACCUGAAUUCAAUUUUAAGAGUCAUUUAUCAAGCCUCCUCAGUACUUGAAAACUUGGUUAGAUUGUGCAGGUCUUUCACAGGAGUGAGGUUGGAAAGAUGGACCAUAACUUGCCAUAAGGAAGGAGUUUGGGGUUUUUAUCCUGUGUCACAAACAUCCCAGGCACCAGAAAAGCCCUGUUCCCAAAAGAUAUUGACAGACAAGCAUCUUUGUUGGGCCUGAGCCCAGCAGUGUGCAUGCGUUGAUGAGUACGCAUGCCUGCAGGUGUGAGCUCCAGCUGCUGACGGGCAACUUCCCCUUUGAGUCGAAGGCCAGCCUACCUGAGCAUUACAAGUGUCAAGAGCCAGAUCACAUAACUUUGGUAUCAACUCACUUGGAUAACUCCUCCUCCCAUAAGCAGAGCUACCACAUCCAGAUGACACAGGGAAGCCAGGGCGCACACACACAGUGUGUCUGGGAGAAUGCCUGGGAAUGCAGAGCAGUGGCGUCAGGCACAGAUACUUGCCUCUCUACCCAGCCUUCAGCCAUCUACAUUGUACCAUCAGACAUUGCCAAGGUUGAGAUCACAACUCUCCAGAAUCACCUGGAUUCGUUUUCUAUUGCUACGUAAAUAACCACAAACUGAGCAGAUGAAAACAACACAUAUUUCCUCCCUGUCCCCCCGCCCCCCAGCCCCAGCUUCUGGAGGUAAAUGGUCUCGGCACAGCUGAGAUGGGUCCGCUGCUUCAGAAUCUCACUGGACUGCAAUCAAGGUGUGAUCCAGGCUGUGUUCUCAUCUGGGGAAGUGUCCGUGUCUAAUUCACUGAUUGUUGGCAGGAUUAAGUCACUUGUUGUUAUAGGAUUGAGGCUCUCAGUCUCUCCAGCCCACCCACAGUUCUCAGUAAGUGGGCCUCUCAUAGACAGUUCACAACACAGCUGUUGGCUUUUUUGGGCUGGCUGCAGAGUGAGACAGUCUGACAUACAUUACAUGGGAAUGCCACCUCUUCACCUUUGCUGUCUUCUGAAUAAGAAGCAAGUCACAGACCCUACCCACCCUCAAGGCUAGGAGAUUACACAGGGACAUGAAUGCCAGGAAUUGGGGACCAUUGGGGACCAUCUUUAGAUCUGUUCAUCAUAAUACCAUUAUGGAAAAAGUCCAGAAAUCAGUGCAUUCCUUAUGUUGUGUAGAGCAAUGCUGACCACUGGAUUUCAUUGAAUGCAGUGGAUAUUUUGAAGAAUCAUCCAAGUUAUAUCCAUGUGAUAAUAAUGAGUGUGGGUCUAAUGUCCCCAGUCCACUGCCCUGACAUUAACAGAGUCAUUAGGAACGUCCCCAAUUCAUAUUGGCCACCUCUAUACUCACUCUUUAUUUCUCUUGCUCAACACAUAGUGGACCCUUCAAUAAUUUCUUUAAUUUUAGGACAUUAUUAACCAUUAUUGAUUUGAAUAUUGCCACCUCUUUCCUUCUCUAAUCCCUCAUUCUGGCAUUUCUUUACACUGAUGCUGGAACACGAAAAUCUAGUUUCCACAUCUCAGCUCUUUUACGUAUUUUCCAUCUGUUAAUCCCACUGCUGGGUUCUGGGAGAGAUCUUACCUUUGACAGUCAAGAAUUAUAAUUUACUCUUCACUGUGUACAUUAUUCUAUUCAACCAACCUGUUAAUUUCUAUAAUUAUCUUUUUUAUUCCCAAUACCUCUAAGUGAUUAGAACUUGUUUCACAGAUGAUGCCCCUUCAUAGCUCUCUGAGGAUAUUAAAUAUACAUAUGUAAAUGUUUUCUACUGAUUGCUCAAUUAAUUCUGUUUUGGGGGGUGUGAGUUUUUUCAUUGGUUGAUUCUGCUGUCUUUCCCAUAGUUUUGGUUUUCAUCAAAAUGUUGGCGAUUGUGUAUUCAUAAAAGGGGAAGAGAAUUGUGCAAGGGUCAGCCAUCCUGGCUGCCCCAGGUUUGAUACUAAUGGCUCUGUUAAUUACCUCAAACCACCUCCUGCCCUCCAACUCCAACUCUUGAUAGGGAGCACUCACCUUUCUGAGGCACAGCUACCAACAAUGUCCUGGGUGCUGAUUUCCUCAUCUUUCUGUUUUCUGUCUUUCAGAGUUUGUUCAGUUUGGGGUCCACUCUAGUUCUCUUUUUGUUUUCAAGCAUAGCUAGGUUAUCAUAUACAUUUGAUUCAGGGAGAAAAAAAAACACAAAAAACAGAGCAAGCACUUGCUUAAUCUACCAAGAUCAUGAACACCAGUUCCUUGAUCAUGGACACCAGAUCCUUCAUCAUGAAUACCACCUCCUUGAUCAUGAUCACCAGCUCCUUCAUCAUGGACACCAGCUCCAUCAUAGGCACCAGCUCUAUCUUUGAUGUCUUCAGGUGACCUAAAACGAUUGCAAAAAUUCCUGGCUUGGAGUGAGAGUUUUAUUCUAGAAUCAUUGUUUCCUCGCUAUGUGACUUUGGACAAGUGUCUUCCUCUCUCUGAAUCUCAACUUAUUCAUGAAAACAAUGAAACGUUUGACAUAACAAUUGUCUUAGGCCUUAUCCAGCUUUGGCCUUCUAAAAUUUUGUUUGUCUCAUCUGCAUAAUCUGGUGAAAAGGAACAAUCUCUGUCCCUGCUCAAAAUAAAAGCCCUCACCAAAAUGUCAUAACAGACUGAACUUCACUUGAGAAGCCAAUCUUUGUCCAGAAUCUCCCCAAAUGGAGAGUGCCAUGGGAAAAAUGAAAUAGCCUUAGGAUAAAUUUUGUUUCUUCCUGCCACUCUUCAUGUUAACAAUUCACCAACAUUUCUCAUUAACUUGAAAACUGUAUUUAAAGAUGUCUAUCACUAGAUUUUAAACCAUUGGAGGCAGGUUGUGUCUUGUACUUAUUUUUGUAACCUCUGCCUUUAGCACAGGACAAAGAUGCAGGAGGCACAGGAAGUAUUAGUGAACUAGAAGGAGGGAUGCACGAAAACCCUAAAUCACCUGGCUUUUAAAGUUUUUCAGGAAAAUAAUAUCUUCCUAAAAAAUAAUGUCUUUUCUUAUCUGUGAAUUGAGAGGAUGUUGCUGAAUAUACUUGGUUGAAUUUUUCCAUCA